CAGUUGGAAAAAGUCACGUGACUGAAACUCCUUUUUUUUGAUCGCCAAACAAAGUGGCUGUUAUGGCAGACUGGACAAAGUGUAGGUGACAGUCAAGUGUUAAUACUUUAAGUAGUCUCCAGGACAUGCCAGAGUGUCUAUCAGGAUCUAUCAAGAUAAAAUGGCGUUGUCGUUGCCAUCACCUAUACUUUUGGUCAUUGUUUUCUUCACAGCAGAAGUAACCCUCUGUGCAGGAAGCAAUGAAUGUGUUGCCAGACACUUCGGCCACGAUUCUGUGGUGUGUGAGUGUAAUGCAACCUACUGUGAUAGUGUUGGGUCACUCACCUUGCCUCCACUGGGCUGGUACUCCUCCUACCUGACCACCAUGGCAGGCAGCAGACUAGAGGCAGGCCAGGGUCAGGUCCAAGUGAACAGCACCAGGGCAGGCCUCAGGUUGACUAUAGUUCCCUACCAGAAGUACCAGAAGAUCAGGGGAUUCGGUGGAGCUAUGACAGACGCAGCAGCCAUUAACAUCCUGUCUCUUUCUGCUGGUGUACAGGACCAGCUGCUACGACAGUACUUUUCCCCUGAAGGUAUUGGCUACAACGUGGUGCGUGUGCCCAUGGCCAGCUGUGACUUCUCCACCCGUCUGUACACAUAUGCUGACACACACGGCGACUACAGCCUGGACAAUUUCACACUGGCCCCUGAGGACAUCACCAUGAAGAUCCCUCUCCUGCAGCGUGCUCAGGUCUUGUCUCCUCGACCCCUAUCUCUUCUGGCAAGUGCCUGGAGUGCCCCCGCCUGGAUGAAAACUAAUGGUGCACUCACAGGAAAGGGCUCCCUGAAGGGCAGGCCUGGGGGCAAGGAGCAUAAAACCUGGGCUCAGUACUAUAUCAGGUUCCUUGAGGAAUAUGCUAAACAUAACGUGACCUUCUGGGCAUUGACCACAGGGAAUGAGCCCUCUGCAGGACAGAUGACAAACUACAGUUUCCAGGCUCUGGGCUUCACACCUGAGGAGCAGAGGGACUGGGUGGCUCUGGACCUGGGCCCUGCCCUGCAUGCUUCAGCACACCCACACACACACGUCCUCAUUCUGGAUGACAGCCGCCUGCUGCUGCCUUACUGGGCUAAAGUGGUCCUGAAUGAUGUUCAGGCAGGAAGGUACAUUCACGGUGUGGCAGUUCAUUGGUACUUUGACAGCUUUGUCCCAGCAGAGAUAAGCCUGGGAGUCACCCAUCAUCUCUACCCGGAGUAUUACCUGUUUGGCACAGAAGCCUGCUCUGGCUGGAGCCCACUGGACAGAGGGGUGAAGCUGGGUAGCUGGGACAGGGCUGAGCAGUACGCACAUGAUAUUAUAGAGGACUUAAAUCAUUAUGUGGUGGGUUGGACUGACUGGAACCUAGCUCUGGAUAAGACUGGUGGGCCAAACUGGGUUAAAAACUUUGUGGACAGCCCUGUUAUAGUGGAUCCACAGCGUGAUGUCUUCUACAAGCAGCCAACCUUCUAUACCAUGGCCCACUUCAGUAAGUUCCUGUGGGAGGGGUCUCAGAGAGUGGGUGUGUCUGCCAGUCGGGAAACAGACCUGGAAUACUCUGCCUUCGUCAGACCAGACGACUCGGUAGCACUCAUCAUACUCAACAGGUCAUCGUCAAUGAUCCAGUUUGAAGUCUGGGAUCCCGCUGUGGGCUACAUCCCCUCCACUGCUCCGGCUCAUUCAUUGCUCACACUUGUUUGGAACACACACUGAUUAUUAAAACAAGUUCAAAUACAUUUGUUUUACCUCAACCAUAUUGUACAUUUGAACAUGUCACCAUAGGUAAGCCUUUUAAGUUGGAACCUUGUCAUUACCAAAGCAGGCAUGACAUGAACUGUUUGUUAUAUCAGCAGUCCCUUAAAUUAACCUCAGCAAACAAGAAUAAGCUUAUUCAACUUUCAUUCAGUAUCAGAAAUGGUACCUGAAAGUAUUGAAUAUAGCAGUUUCCCAGAAUUACCUUUUGCUGAAGCUUAACUGGUGCCUUGAUUUUCAGCUAAUAAGAUGCUUUAAGUGUCCUCACCAUGUCACAUUUCUGAAGAAUUCAUAAUGUACAGAAUUUGUAAAUUUGUUAUUUAAUCUUUUAAUUUUAAAUAAAGCUCACUGUUAAUA